AUGCGCAUCUCCCACACGAUUCUCCCACUCGUCACCUGCACGCUGCUGCUCCUCGCCUCCACCUCAGGGGAAGGCCAGCUUCACAAGGCCCACGAAAACACACCUGAUAUGGAGAGCAUGGACAGCCAGGCAGUUCUGCUUCUGGAGGCUGUGAAGACAGGGAUCCUCAGCUCUUUGGGUAUGGACGUGGAGCCCAGACUGACCCAAAAGGCCUCGAAAAAGGAGCUCAGGAAGAUGUAUCAGCUCUACAGGAGAAAAAUAAGGGAGAUAAGAGGAAAUUCCAGCCAGCCAAUGGGGAAAAACUCACAAUCCACCAUGUCCACUGUGCUCUUUCCAGUUUCACCAGUAAAAGCGCUUCGGAGGGGUUCACGGUCAGGUCCAAGCAUGCGGUGGUACAGAGCUGUUUUCCAAAAGAAUACGAAUAUUCAGAAUGACUUGACUGUAGCUCGAGCAGAGCUGAAGAUUUCCAGACAGGUUCUGGGUAAACUCACUUCAGUGAGGCCUGAAGCAAGGGAGGAGAUUAAAAUUAAAGUCAAUGGGGGAAAGCCAGCAGUGUGGCCGGCUGCCUGGACUGACUCUUUAGCCCAAACUAAUAUCUCAAACAUUCAAGAUGCGUACCUGGACAUCAUCCCAGAGGUAGAGAAGUGGUUCAAGACUAAUGGGAAGCCACUGGUUGUGGAUGUAGGGGUGGCUAACAGAGGGCCCCUCAAGCCGACCUUUUCUCUGGAAUUAGACCUCACACAAGCCAACCCCGCGCAGAGGACGAGGCAGCCUCGCUCCAACAAGGAAGAUGACUGUGAUGAACCAGGAUGGUGCUGCCGGAAGUCAGUCACCGUGUCCUUCAAAGACAUCGGCUGGACAGACUGGGUUGUAGCCCCAGUCGAAUACACCAUGCAUUUUUGCGACGGCACCUGCCCCCACAACUACAAGCCAGCAAGCAUGCACACUCAGGUCAAGUCUCGGCUGCACCAGAUCACCAAAGGAGGGACACCUCACCCCUGUUGCGUGCCAGCAGCCUACGAGCCCAUGGUCCUCAUGCACUACGACAGCAGGGGAAAAUUGACACUGACUACUUUCACUGACUUUAUUGUCAGUAAAUGUUACUGUGCCUGA